AUGAGCAGUCCGACUGGGCCAAACAGUGGGGAGUCCAGCCUGGUUCCUUCUCUGCAUGACAAGACCCCUCGACAGGAGCUGGCCAGGGGGGACAUGGGGGAGACGGGGGGAGAGGGGUACCUGCUGGGCCAGCAGGGCGGCAGCAGUGGAACCCAGAGGACGGGGAAGGCCCCUCGGGAGCUGAGCCCCACGGAGCAGCAGGAGCUGAGGAGGAAGAUCAACAACCGCGAGAGGAAGAGGAUGCAGGACCUGAACGUGGCCAUGGACGCCCUGAGGGAGGUGAUGGUGCCGUACUCCUCCCCCGCCGCCCAGAGCCACCCCCACCACGGCCAGCCCGGCGCCCCCCCCGGGCGCAGGAUCUCCAAGAUCUCCACCCUCAUCCUGGCGCGCAACUACAUCCUGCUGCUGGGCUCGUCGCUGCAGGAGAUGAGGAGACUGCUGGGAGAGGUGAGCGUGGGGGUGGGCGUCGGGGUGGGGGUGAACGGCCCCGUCCCCCGGCUGCUCCUCACAGGGAGCUGGCCGUUCUUCACCGCCCCCGGGCAGCUGCUCCUCGCCUCCGAUGCGCUCCUGACCUCGGCCAAGUGCCCCCUGCUCCCCCCGCCGCCCGAGGAGCCCCCCCUCCCCCCGCUCCAGUGGACUGCAGCAGGCGGGGGUCCCGGGGCUCAGCUUUGCACCUGUGGGGUCUGCAGGAUCCCUCGCUUUGCCCACAACAGUCCAGCUCCCAGGUUCCCCAAAUGA